GGAACAGUGGAAAAACUCUUCCAGGCACCCCCUAUGCCUCUGAAGGGGCAGUUGAAGUUUUCCAACAGGAUUCAGUGAUUCCUUCCCUUUCCUAAUGGCAUCACUGGUGGCCAAAGACUCCUACCUGCAGAAUCUAGCUAAGAAAAUCUGUUCCCAGCAGACUGCAGAGGCACAGAAAUGAAAAUGGGUUCCCAAACCUGGUGAUCUAGAAACCAGUGGGCCCCCAAAGAAGAAGAAGAAGAAGAAGGAGAAGAAGAAGGAGCAGAAAAAGAAAUUCCAGAAGCAGGAUGAAAAGGCUAAGAAUGUCCAGAAUAAGCCCUCUGACAGCAAGCAAUCUGAAGCUCCUAGCACCAAGAAACCUGCAGUCACCGUGGGGAAGGCAGGUUCCAGCUCCAGUGCAGGCUCCACAGUUGUUCCUACAAGCAAGCCGGGCUCCUUCCUGGCCAUGGACAUUCUGCGCCAGCGGCUACAUGAGAAAAUUCAGGAAGCCAGUGGUCAGGGCCACACCAAAGGCCUGUCUCCUGCAGCACUGGAGAAGAGGCAGCGGAGGAAACAGGAACGGGAGAGGAAGAAGCGGAAAUGCAAGGAGCUCAGGGCCAAGGAGAAGGCAGCCAAGGCUGAAGCCAAAGCCGAAGUCAAGGAGACUAACCCAGAGCCCCCGAAGGGGGUUCCACAGUGCCUGACCGAACUGGUAUUCAACAAGCUGGAGGUAAGUGAGGGGCCAGUCAGUAAGGCCCAGAAGAAGAAGGAAAAGAGACAGCGUGUGAAGGGGAACCUGACCCCCCUGACGGGAAAGAACUAUAAACAGUUGUUGGAGCGUGUGCAGGCCCGCAAGAACAAGCUCGAGGAGCUGAAGGAACGGGAUGAGGAGAAGGCGAGGGAGAUGGAGACCAAAAUGAAGCGGACAAACCUUCUGUACAAGGCUGAAGGUGUGAAAAUCCGAGACAACGAAGAGCUUCUGAAGGCAGCCUUGAAACGCAAGGAGAAGCGCCGGGCCCAGAGGAAGCGGCAGUGGGAGAAGCGCACGGCCCAUGUGGUAGAGAAGAUGCAGCAGCGACAGGACAAGCGGCGCUGGAACCUGCGCAAGAAGAAGGUGGCUGAGAUAGAGCGCCGCAAAGCCAAGGCUCGCAAGAAGGGCCUCAUUCUGCCUGAGGACCUAGAGAAGGCUGGGCUCAACUGA